AAACUGGACGUCAUUUCCCAACGUCAAAAACAGCUUAACAGGAGCAACAGCAGCAAAAAGCUGUCAUCUAAAAGUCCACAGCAACAAAACUACAAGACGUCCACAAAUAGCCGAGAUAGUGCACUUGGCCUAACAAGAAAGCAUUCGCAUCGGUCAUCACAGCAUAACUUUCAUAAAAAUUCUUCUCAUUACCAACAACAACAAUCACCACAACAACAACAAUUAACUAACCGGCUUAGACAUCACAGUAAAGAAAGGAAUUAUUCCCCCUCUUCUUCUGUUGUUAGCACAAGCACUAAUAGUUCAGUUGUUUCAUUUGAUCAACAACCUAGAGAGCAUCGUAAAGAGCACUUUUUACCUGCCGAUAAAUUUGCUCUUUGUUUCCAGGCGAAAAGCCCUUAUUGUUGGAAGAAAAUUAGACGAUAAAAUUCGGCUGGGCUCGGCCCAUUCCAUGGCUGAUAAGCAAGUCCAAGGCCAACAGGCCAAGGCAACAACAAUUGAAAAUAAUGCGAGUAAUGGUGGAAAUACAGCUGUUGAAUUAGAAUUUAGGCCUAACAACGGGGCAAAUUCUAUUGGAGAUUGUAAUUUAAACAAUGGAAGUCAAUCAGCUCGUAGUAAAUCCCCUGGUGGACAUAUAAUAAACAAAAUCUCCAAUUUUGCUCGAGGUAAAUACAGAAACAGUCUUAGCGAAAAACAAACAAAUUCUGUCAACUCUGACGACAAAGUUCGAAAGGACAUUAAUCGGGAAUUGACCAGAUGCCGGGAAAGUGGAGAAACGAGGCUGGAUUUGAAUUCAUCGGAGCUUACAAGUAUUCCCAAUUCAAUACAAUCAUUAACACAACUUACAGAAUUAUUUCUUUAUAAGAACAAAUUAUCUAGUUUACCUCCAGCUGUUGGCCAAUUAAUUAAUUUGCGUAUUUUGGGUCUUAGCGAGAACUCCUUGUCUACACUUCCAGAUACUCUUUCUUCCUUAAAGAAAUUGGAAACUUUAGAUUUACGGCAUAAUAAAAUUAAUGAGGAAAUUCCUUCUGUUGUUUUUCAAAUGGAAUCAUUGGAAACGCUUUGGCUUCGUUAUAAUAAAAUUAGAACAAUUUCACCAAAUAUUAAGUGCCUAAAACGUCUAAAAAUGCUUGACUUGCGUGAAAAUAAAAUAACAGAAUUGCCAACUGUAAUGUCUGAAAUGAAAUGCCUUUCUAUUUUAUUGCUUUCUUCGAAUCAUUUAAAAGCUAUACCUGAAGAAAUUGGGCAAUGUUCACAAUUAACACAACUUGAUUUACAACACAAUGAACUUGUUAAAUUGCCAGAAAAUAUUGGUUUAUUAAAUUCUCUUAAACGACUUGGUAUUCGUUACAAUCAUUUAACUGAAUUGCCUAAUUUAUUAUCACAAUGUACUUUAAUUGAUGAAUUUGUUGUUGAAAGUAAUAAACUUCAAGCUUUGCCUGAUGGAAUUCUCGCUUCAUUUCCAAAUUUAAAAAAUAUUAAUUUGAGUAGAAAUCAAUUAAAUGCUUUGCCACAAGGAGGGUAUGAAAUGGCUGUGUCAGUCAAUGUAGAACACAAUAAUAUAAACAAAAUACCUUUUGGUAUUUUUGCCAAAGCUGGACAACUUUCAAAGCUUAAUUUCAAAGAAAAUGAACUUUCUUCGUUUCCACUUGAUUUUGGUACUUGGAUUACUUUGACAGAAUUAAAUAUGUCAAAUAAUGAUAUUCAAGAACUUCCACCAGAUAUUGACAAAUUAAUAAAUCUUGAAGUGUUGGUACUUUCUACAAACCGUUUAAAAAAGCUUCCAUCACAAAUUGGUUCUUUAAGAAAAUUAAGAGAGCUUGAUUUGGAAGAAAAUGAAUUGGAUGGAAUUCCUUCUGAUAUUGGGUUUUUGACGGCAUUAACUAAACUUUGGAUUCAAUCAAAUCAACUCACUUCUUUGCCUAGAACAAUAGGAAAUUUAUCUAAUUUGGUUGAUCUAAGAGUUGGAGAAAAUCUCAUAACUUUCAUUCCAGAAGAAAUUGGUCAUUUAGAGAAUCUAAAAAGUCUAUAUUUAAAUGAUAAUCCAAACUUGAAUAGGUAA